AUUACAUUCCGCAAAACCAUGCUGACAAAGUACCUGAAGAAACUCGUCACUUCCGAAUGGAACCUCUCCUACCUAAAGUAUCUCGACUGGGUCGGUCAUAUCCACACGACUACGCCAUUGAAGAAAUCCACAAUUAAUGUGGAGUAUAUUCACAUUAAUGCGCUGUUCGGAUAUGUUGCUGCUGUGGUUGUAGGUGCAUUGCAGAAGUGCGAUGAGUGGGAUGAGGAGGUUAGGGAUGAUAUUGUUAAUGCCUAUAAUAAGUUCUUUUGGGUGCAGAAUGACUUGUUUGCUAGGUAUUAU